ACGAUCAGAGUCAAUGUUAUGAUGUUGAAAACCAGUGGAGAAUUUCACAAAGGACAGGUUGUUUUUAAUAUCACCUAUGUUAACGGACAGGUAUAUCUGAAUGAUUUUCCUAUGAAAAGCGGGGUUGCCCACAUAACAUGUCGAACAGUAAUAUUGGAGAACGGAAACUUGGACAACUUACCGGAUCAGCAGCGCCUGGGAACCGUCAGUGUUCGUAUCAUGGUUCAUGAGUGGCCUUUGGCAUCCAGUUCUGAUUUGCGGCUGAUUGUCAUUCAGGAAGAAGUGACAGAAAUUGAUGGAAAACAGGUAAAAAAAAAAGAAGUGACAGAAGUAGAUAUUUUAGUAAAGGACCUGAGAAUACUUAGACAUUCAAACUACACUGUCCCUUUGAAAGAGAGCAUGCUGUAUUCCAUCCCAAGGGACAACGACAUGUUAUUUACACUUCCCAACCUCUCAGGAAAAGAUAUUCAAGAUCCACUGCAAACUACCAGUCAGUACCUCAUCCGGCAAGUAGAAACUACAGUAGAUGAAGAGACAUUACCUGGAAAGUUACCAGAGACCCCUCUUAGGAUAGAACCUCCAUCUUCUUACAAGGUGAUGUGCCAGUGGGUGGAAGACGUGAGAAAAGGGUUGUGCAGGUUCUGGUUUCGAUCUUUACCGAUCUUCUUUAGUUUGAUGGAGGUCAUUGUAGUUGGAGUUGCUGGAGCAGCUCUUAUUCUCAAAGUCUUAAAGGUGAUUUUCCCUUCCUGUGAAAACAAGGGCAUCCUUCUCCUGGAUCAAGUCAGCUUUGUACCUGUGAUUACCAUCAGCUUGCCUUCAGAUCUUCCAGACAGGAAAAAUAAUUUAGAUGAGAAAGCAUGUACUUAAUACUGUGUUUAUUUUGGAGUUACUCUUUUUUAAAAACAAAGUGUUAGUUGACCUGAAAUUUGGCACUUGAUCUUAAUACCUUGUUUGUUUCCUACUAAGAAAACUAAGUCAGUUGAUGAAUUGGUAAAGGGACACUCAGGCUGAGGCCCA